CUCGCUAUUUAACAACGGGUCUUUCCCCUGCUUCUAUAUUCUCUGCUCGAUUCCCUCAGUUCUCCCUUUCCAACCGCCUUACCAACCCUCAUCUCCGUCUGCUACUCAGCUAACAAUCCUUCCGUCCUUUUACACUUGCCCUGACUUCAGCCAUGCUCGCCAAGCAACUCUCUCUGGCCUCGAUCAUGGUCGCGCUCGCAAGCGCAGCCACAGCACCUGCCCCUACACCCUCCAGCACUCCCAUUCCAGCGCCUCUCAUCCCUCUCCCUCCUUUCAACGGAACCUUUGCUGGCUCUUACCCUCCGACCUUCGCGAUCGCGGCCACAAGCUCCCCUCAGGUUGCCAAAUGGAUGUCCGAGCUUAACUUGACCGCCGUCCCUGAUAUUCCUGUGGUCAAGGUCACUUCCGGGGGAACAAUUGUAUCCCCUAACUCAAUCCCAGCGAGCGCUUGCGACUGGAGUGUGGAUAACUGCAUCAACAAGGACAUCACCACCUGCCCUGUCGGCGUCUGGGGUCUGUCCUACGAUGAUGGUCCCACAGAGUUUAGUCCACAGCUGUACGACUUUUUGGACAAGACCAACCAAAAGGCGACACUGUUCUACAUCGGCUCCAACGUGUUGACCAACUGGCAGUCGGCUCGUCGUGCCUGCGGUGCGGGCCAUCAAAUUGCAGUCCACACUUGGUCGCACCACUACUCAACUAGUCUCACCAAUGAGCAAUUUGUUGCCGAGGUCAAGUACACAGAGAUGGCCAUCAAGGAACUCUGCGGUGUCACUCCCACCUACUUCCGCCCCCCCUAUGGUGACAUCGACAACCGCAUCCGCGGCCUCUUGACCCAAAUGGGCUACACCUCCGUCAUCUGGGACCUUGAUACCAACGAUUGGGAGAUGGCCCCCGGCGGCAAACUCUCCAUGCAGUCUGUCAACUCCGCGUUCGACGCCUGGAUUGCUAAGGCCCCCCAGGACACCACAGGUCAUGUCUGCCUUGAGCAUGAGUUGUACCAGAACACGGUCAAUGCUGCAAUCACGAACCUGCCCAAGCUUCAGAAGACCUGGAAGACCAUGCCCGUGGCCGCAUGCGUGAAUGAUCCGCAUCCCUACAGGGAGAAAAAUAUCACAUUGGCGACCUUAAACGGUGCAAAGACCGGUGUCAAUAAUGCGAGCAAUACUACCGUUGGUAAUAGCGCGGUCAGCCCUGGAGCUAGUGCGACUCCCACAGGUACUGCGAAAACUGGGGGCUCAACCCCAGCGAGGGCCUUGACGAGCGUGACAGUUGCUGUGGCGGCGGCAGUUAUUUGUGCUGGCCAAAUGUUGCUCUAGAGAUUUGAACAGGGCUGUCAGUCAGAAUCGGACAUCAACCAAGCGUUAUCUAUUGAUAUUCUAGCAGCAUGCGAGAUCCUAUCUUCACUCCUAUCCCCAAAUCCAUCGUUCAUUCCCAAUAGACAUCAUAUCCAAUAAAACAACAUAAUGCUACCGU